CUCUUCUCUCUAUAUCUCACUCCCUUCCCAUUCUCCACUUCUUGAGUCUUAACACUAUUCUUCUUUCCAAUCAUGGCUUCUUCCACAACCGGGGCUGCAGCCACUUGCACCUUCUUAGGCACCAGAUUGCCGGAAACUCAUCAACCGGCAUCUCGUUUCCAAGCUCGCUUCGGCUUCGGUAGAAAAAAGACCGUGAAGAAGGCAAGCAAAUCAGUGAGCUCUGACCGGCCACUUUGGUUUCCCGGUGCAAAGGCUCCGGAGUAUCUUGAUGGAACACUCGUCGGAGAUUAUGGUUUUGAUCCUUUUGGUCUUGGAAAGCCGGCAGAGUACUUGCAGUAUGAUUUGGAUUCACUUGACCAGAACUUGGCCAAGAACAACGCCGGAGAAAUCAUCGGAACUAGGUUCGAGGUCUCCGACGUGAAGUCUACUCCAUUUCAGCCUUACACUGAGGUUUUCGGCCUUCAGAGGUUCAGGGAAUGUGAGCUCAUUCAUGGCCGUUGGGCCAUGCUUGCCACUUUAGGAGCUAUUUCUGUUGAGUGGCUCACCGGUGUCACUUGGCAAGAUGCUGGCAAGGUGGAGUUAAUUGAUGGUUCUUCCUACCUCGGCCUUCCUCUACCAUUCUCCAUGACCACACUGAUUUGGAUUGAAAUUUUGCUUAUCGGAUACAUUGAAUUCCAAAGAAAUGCUGAGUUAGACCCUGAGAAAAGACUUUACCCUGGUGGAAAGUUUUUUGAUCCUCUUGGCCUUGCCUCUGACCCAGAGAAGAAGGAAAGACUUCAACUUGCAGAGAUUAAACACGCUCGUCUUGCUAUGAUUGGCUUCCUUGGUUUCGCUGUUCAAGCAGCUGCCACAGGAAAAGGCCCCCUUAAUAAUUGGGCUACUCACCUUAGCGAUCCUCUUCACACCACCAUCUUUGAUACAUUCUCUUCUUCGUCUUAAACCAAUGUGCUUAUUCUGUAUCAAAACUUCGUCUUUGUUGUAUGAUAUCUUAUGAGGCUAUGUAUGUAGCAUUUCUAUUUGGACUUGUCUUGUAUAUCUCAAUAUUAUUUAACUUUUUAUCGAGCUCUAAUUUCACAUAA